AAAAACUUUUUAACUUUUGAGCCACCGCGGAUUCCCAACAUAUUUCCUAUCAACCAAACUGACUGACCUAGUUGUGGCAGACAAUGGAAGAUGGCGAGACUUCUUCACGUCUUGCUAAUCCACGUAACUAAGAAGCGGCAGGCUUACGUUACAUCGAGGACUCUAUCCUAUGCAACCCAUCAUCAAUUCACUUUAAACCACCCACAUGAAGUGACUCAAGGAACUGCUUCUUCCGUCCACUCCAUCGCUUCAAACCCCUAUUCCGCCAUUCUUAGUCUUUGCAAAAACAUCCAUUCUGUAAGAAAAACCCAUGCUUUAUUCGUUGUCCAUGGCCUUACCGGUAAUCUUUUAUGUGAUACGAAAUUGGUCAGUUCGUAUGGUUCGUUUGGGAAACUUGAUUAUGCUCGGCAGGUGUUCGACAGAAUACCAAGCCCGGAUUUUUAUUCUUGGAAAGUGAUGAUUAGAUGGUAUUUUUUGCAUGAUUUGUAUUGGCAGAUUAUUCGGUUUUAUACCCACAUGAGGAAAUGCAUCAAAGAGCAUGAUAAUGUUGUUUUCUCCGUCGUAUUAAAGGCUUGCUGUGAAUUGCGGGAUUUUGUUGAGGGAAGGAAGUUACAUUGUGAAAUAGUCAAGGCAGGAAAUCCUGAUAGUUUCGUGUUGACGGGUCUUGUGGAUAUGUACGCAAAGUGCGGACAAAUUGAUUUUUCUCGUCAAGUGUUUGAUGAAAUUGUGGAUGGAAAUGUUGUUUCAUGGACUUCAAUGAUUGUUGGGUACGUACAGAAUAAUUGUGCUGAAGAAGGAUUGGUUUUGUUUAAUUUGAUGAGAGAAAGGUUGGUUGAGGUUAACCAAUUUACAUUGGUGAGCUUAGUCACUGCUUGUUCAAAGUUAGGUGCCUUGCAUCAAGGGAAGUGGGUUCAUGGUUAUGUAAUCAAGAGCGGUUUCGAUCUUAAUUCACACUUAGUGACUGCUCUUCUAGACAUGUAUAUUAAGUCUAAGGAGACUAGAGAUGCUGUAUCUGUAUUUGAUGAGCUUCCUACUGCUGAUCUUGUCUCAUGGACGGCAAUGAUUGUAGGGUAUACUCAGAAUGGCUAUCCUGAGAAGGCUUUGAAGCUGUUCAUAGAUAAGAAAUGGAUUGGUAUCUUGCCCAAUAAUUUUACCACCACGGGUGUGCUCUCGGCUUGUGGACAGUUGGGCAAUUUAUAUUUGGGAAGGUCAGUUCAUAGUCUAUUGAUUAAGCUUGGGCUUGAUGACCCUGCUGUAACAAAUGCUCUGGUGGACAUGUAUGCAAGGUGCCAUCGGAUUGAUGAUGCUCGUUUUAUGUUUGCUGCGCUUUCAGACAAAGAUAUUGUUACGUGGAACUCAAUGAUAUAUGGGUAUUCUCUGAACGGGUCUGUAUAUGAGGCUCUUCAACUAUUUCAUCAAAUGAGGUCAGAAGCUUUCUCACCUGAUGCAGUCACAAUGGUCGGUGUCUUCUCUGCUUGCGCUGCCCUUGGUUCUUUUCAUAUUGGUGGUUCUCUUCAUGCUUACUCUAUUAAAGUCGGUUUACUAUCUUCUAAUGUGUAUGUUGGUACUGCCCUUCUGAACUUUUAUGCCAAAUGUGGAGAUGCAAAGUCUGCUCGUAUGGUUUUUGAUGGCAUGAACGAGAAAACUCAUAUAACCUGGAGUGCUAUGAUCGGUGGAUAUGGGGUGCAGGGGGAUAGUAGUGGGUCCCUUGCACUUUUUAGUGAUUUGUUGAGGGAAGAAUUGAAACCUAGUGAAGUAAUGUUUACAAACAUUCUAUCUGCCUGUAGGCAUACAGGGAUGGUUGGGGAGGGAUGGAAGUAUUUUAAUUCUAUGUGCCAGGACUAUAAUUUUGUUCCGACCAAGAAGCAUUAUGCGUGUAUGGUUGAUCUUUUGGCUCGUGCAGGCAGACUGGAAGAAGCCUGGGAUUUCAUGGAGAAAAUGCCAGUUCGACCUGACGUUUCUUUUUUUGGAGCUUUUCUACAUGGAUGCACAUUGUAUUCUAGAUUUGAUCUUGGAGCGAUGGCAAUCAGGAGAAUGCUAGAGUUACAUCCUGACGAAGCUUGCUACUAUGUACUCAUGUCUAAUCUGUAUGCUUCAGAUGGUAGAUGGAGUCAGGUUAACGAGAUGAGAGAGCUAAUGAAGCAGAGAGGGCUGAGCAAGUCCCCCGGCUACAGCCAGGUGGGCAUGGAUAUUGAUAAUGGCCUCACUUUCUCCAGAGUUGCAUCACUUGCGUAGAUCUUGGCUAGCCCAAUAUUCUUUGGUCAGGAGGAUCUUUCUUGCCUAGGUCGUAUACAGCAUGUUGUCACCACAAAAGAUGAUUCAAGGAAUUUAGCAACAAUAUUUAUCAGAGCAAGGCAAGUCUGCUGUGGAUUUUCUAUCGCUGGUUCCAUGGUCCUUGUUAGGUAUCCUUCGGCACACAUAAGUAUGUUCACAAACAUGUUAUCAAAGGAUUGAGAUAUUGUUACUGGCCAAAUGCUUUUAGAGAUGCAUCCUGGGAAAAAGUUUCUGAAGUUAGGACGUAUCAUUGACAUCACUUUUAAAGUUCAUGUACACAGGCGAACAAAUUGCAGAAACAUCUCUUCUUGUGUUAAAGAGGGAAGUGUGAUAUGUAUGGUCCUGCAUGAGCUCAAGAAUUUGAUGUCGCCUACCAUGCCAGAGGUUUGGAUCGCCAGCGGAUGGGAAAGGUUAAUUUAACCAUAGAGGACUCUCAGUUAACUACAGAUGGAGUCAAAACUUGAUGGAUAUUUUUCAUUGGUUCAAGGCAAGUUCUCUGUUUUUUGUAAUCUUAGAAUGUUAAGGGAUACGACUCUUGAGCUCUCAUGUUGAGAUUAGUCAUUGACUCCAUUAAUAUUAAGCUUUGGUCUUCACAUAUGUAGUAGUAUUCCCUUGUUAAAAAAGAAAAUUUAGUAAAUGGAAGCACGAGAAUCCUCCAAUUCAA